AUGUGGUAUCGCAAGUGGUUACCGCGCAAGAGAUCAACCGUUACAUUCGUCUCGUCUGAACAACCACCUCAGUCACUCGAUCGCAAGAUACACUUAUCCAACUCAUCGCUAGCGUUAGCGUCCUCAGACGGCACAGAUGAUUCAGCAACGAGUCUCAAAUUGCCUCUACAAUCGUCAACUUCUGAAAAGAAAUCUGAUAGCAGCCCGUCACCGAGAAGGUUUGUAAAAUUGAAUACAAUGCAUGCAUGGAAACUGUUCGUCAGUUAUUCGACGACAUCAGUGUGA